AUGUCGCGAUUGGAGUUCCUGCAGGCGUUUCGGGACCGGGAGAAUGAGCCUCAGAUCGUUAAAGCGAAAUGGUACAUCGUGGCUGCGACCGCCUUGACAGCUGCUUGCGCAGGGGACCAAGUCCCUGCGCUUUACCACUUGGCCACCGAGGGCCUCACCAUAGAGGAGAGGAAGAUCGUGCAGCGGAGGAUCAAGGAGGCCAUACUGAAGGGAGGUAUGCUGUACGGGGUGCCUCGCUUAGCGGACGCCCUGGGUCCGUUGGGUAAAGUCAUCCCGCCGGACGAGAUGGAUCAUUACGGGCCUAGGUCGGAACGGCCCCGUACGAAGGAAGAAGAAGAGAAACGAGCAGCCCGAGGCAAACGGUAUUUCGAGACGCUCUGGACGCCCGCUGUGGCCCAAGCAGAGAGUGAGCGCGUCGCGGCAAGUCAUCCAGAUAACUACUUGUUGAGCCUGAAAUUGCAUUACGAGUAUUGGAUCAGUGAGGAUGCGAUCCUGGGGCCAAUAGAGACACAGAUGUGCAAUGCGGCUCUGCUCAUCUGCAACCGAUCUCCAGUUCAGGCCAUCUGGCAUACCCGCGGAGUGGUUCGUCAUGGAGGAAGCAUGGAGCAGGCACGCUUUGCGCAGGAUCUGGGCUUGGCGGUUGCGGAACAGUUCGAGGUCAAGACUGGCGACAUCACAAUCGUUGACCAGAUAGACUUCUGA